UUAUCUGGGUGCGUGUUUAAAUUUUGAGAUAUCGUUGGAUAGUACCGUCAUUUAUGGGUGGUAUUCCAGUAUAAAUAGAGAGGGAUUGGGUCGAUCUUUAUCAUCUUAUAAUUCAUUCAAUUAGAAUCGUUGCAGAAUCAAUCUUUCUCUUUCAAGAUGCAAAUCUUUGUUAAAACCCUCACUGGCAAGACCAUCACCCUUGAGGUGGAAAGCUCAGACACCAUCGACAAUGUGAAAGCAAAGAUCCAAGACAAGGAGGGGAUCCCUCCAGAUCAACAAAGGUUGAUCUUUGCUGGAAAACAGCUCGAAGAUGGUCGCACUCUUGCUGACUAUAACAUUCAAAAGGAGUCAACCCUCCACUUGGUUCUUCGCCUCAGAGGUGGUAUGCAGAUUUUUGUGAAGACUCUCACUGGCAAGACUAUUACCUUAGAGGUUGAGAGCUCAGACACAAUUGACAAUGUUAAAGCCAAGAUACAGGACAAGGAGGGAAUCCCCCCAGACCAGCAGAGGCUCAUCUUUGCUGGCAAACAGCUGGAGGAUGGCCGUACCCUCGCGGACUACAACAUUCAGAAGGAGUCCACCCUUCACUUGGUCCUCCGUCUUAGAGGUGGUAUGCAAAUUUUUGUGAAGACCCUCACUGGCAAGACUAUUACCUUGGAAGUUGAGAGCUCGGACACUAUUGACAAUGUUAAGGCCAAGAUUCAGGACAAGGAAGGUAUUCCCCCAGACCAGCAGAGGCUCAUCUUUGCUGGCAAACAGCUGGAGGAUGGCCGUACCCUCGCCGACUACAACAUUCAGAAGGAGUCCACCCUUCACUUGGUCCUCCGUCUCAGAGGUGGUAUGCAAAUUUUUGUGAAGACCCUCACUGGCAAGACUAUUACCUUGGAAGUUGAGAGCUCGGACACAAUUGACAAUGUUAAGGCCAAGAUUCAGGACAAGGAGGGUAUUCCCCCAGACCAACAGAGGCUUAUCUUUGCUGGGAAGCAGCUUGAAGAUGGUCGCACCCUAGCUGACUACAACAUUCAGAAGGAGUCCACCCUUCACUUGGUGCUCCGGCUCCGUGGUGGUAUGCAGAUAUUUGUUAAGACUCUUACUGGGAAAACCAUUACCUUGGAGGUUGAGAGCUCUGACACCAUUGAUAAUGUGAAGGCUAAAAUUCAGGACAAAGAGGGGAUUCCACCGGAUCAGCAAAGGUUGAUUUUUGCAGGAAAGCAGCUUGAAGAUGGAAGGACUUUGGCUGACUAUAACAUCCAGAAGGAAUCAACCCUUCAUUUGGUGUUGCGUCUCCGUGGUGGGAUGCAAAUAUUUGUCAAGACUCUGACUGGGAAAACUAUCACUCUUGAAGUUGAGAGCUCAGAUACCAUUGACAAUGUGAAGGCUAAAAUCCAGGACAAGGAAGGGAUUCCACCGGACCAGCAAAGGCUGAUCUUUGCUGGGAAGCAAUUGGAGGAUGGCCGAACCCUGGCAGAUUACAACAUCCAGAAGGAGUCUACAUUGCACCUUGUCCUGCGUCUCCGUGGUGGAUUCUAAGCUCUGAUCUUGGUUGUUUGAAGUUUGUGGCCAUGGAGUAUGUUUCCUUCAUGUUGAAGUGUUUGAGUGGUUUGUGGUGUUGGCCAUUGUGAAUGGCUUCAAUAAGUUGAACGUUGUAAUAUGUUACUGUUUUUUAAUUUUACAGACUGAUUUAAGGAUGUUGAUAUGGCCUUCAUAGGUCACUUAAUGACAUCUCAGUUCUGUUUCUAAAAAGUAUAUUUGUACUCAUAAAUCGUUAUAUAAAUGUUGUGAGACUAUGAAGUUUAUGUUUGUCUAAA